GGCAGAUGAGACUCAGGAGGACACACACCAGAACCAGAAGACUGCCACACACACACACACUGCAGGGAGAAGAGCUCCUGUCACAGCAGCAUGGGGAAGAAGGUGGCAGAGCCCAAAGGUCGUAAGGUCACGCUGAAGAUGGCGCAGGCGGCGGUGAAGCUGACGGUGGACGGGAGGCGGCGGCUGGACCUGAGCAACAUGGGCAUCGCCACGUUCCCCAAGUGCCUCCUGCAGCUGAGCGACGUGGAGGAGCUGGACCUGAGCCGCAACCUGCUGCGGAAGCUUCCGGAGACCCUCGACACCUUUGCCAACCUGCGCUGGCUGGAUCUCCACAGCAACCAGCUGGAGUCGCUGCCGCACGCCGUCGGCCGCCUCCAGGCCCUCUGCACGCUCAACCUCAGCAACAACCGCCUCUCCCCCGCCGGCCUCCCCCCGGAGCUGGGCCUGCUGGCCGGCCUGCGGAGCCUCAACCUGGGCCUGAACCGGCUGGACGCCGUGCCCCACUUCCUGUCGGCGCUGCGCGAGCUGCGGGAGCUGGGUCUCUUCAGCAACCGGCUGGGUCACGACCCCGCCAUCCUGCGUCUUCUGCCCAAGCUGGAGAAGGUGAACAUGGCCGACAACCCGCUCCCCCCGGCCUCGCCGCCCCCGCUGGACGCCAUCCGACGCGUGGAGGGCCUCUACCUGGUGCCCGGGGACUGUCUGUGCCGCCUGUGCCACCAGCGCUGCCAACAAGAGCGGGAGAGGCUGGACAGCAGAGCCAGCGGCAAGACGCCCAAUCAGAGGAGGCCGCUCUUCACAGGGCUCCUCCUCCUCUCACCCAACUCUGUGGCGCGGCAGGACCAGGAGAUAGGGAGGUGAAGAGAGGAGAGAGGAGGUGAGGAGAGGUGAAGAGAGGAGAGAGGAGGAGAGGAGGAG